CGAACCAACUCCAACAGCGCAGUACCAUGAACGCUAAGCUCAUCAUCAUCUUUGCCUUCUUGGCGGUAGCCUUCGCCGAAGAACAGGCUGCAGGCGAAACUAAAAAAGACAAACGAGGAAUCUAUGGAUUGGGAUAUGGUGGUGGUAGUUAUGGUGGUUAUAGUGGUGGUUACAGCGGUGGUUACGGCGGUGGUUACGGCGGUGGUGUGCCAGUCAGCCAAGUAUCCGUCUUAACCAGGGAAGUUCCAGUUCCAGUGCCACAUCCAGUAGCUGUUCCCGUUGAGAGACAAGUUCCUGUCCCAGUUAGGGUACCAGUAGCCGUCCCAGUCGAUCGUCCGUAUCCCGUUCACGUCCCGAAACCCUACCCAGUCCCAGUGACCAAGCACGUGCCAGUCCCAGUUGAUAGGCCAGUGCCUGUUCCAGUCAGCGUACCAGUCAAGGUCCCAGUACCAGCUCCAUAUGCUGUUCCAGUCGUGAAACAGAUUCCAGUACCGGUCGCACAACCUACAGUGGUCGUUGAGAAAUACAACAACGGAUGGCCAGGCCAUGGUAGUUACCCUUCUGGCUACUCCUCCUGGUAAACAUCAAUUCUUUUCGCGGACUCGAGGGAGCUAGCUUCGGUCAUCGAAAUAAGGAUAUCGUUGCUUAAAACCCGAGCAACUGUAGGAUUCCAUUGCUGACAGAGAAAUUCCGUGUUACGAUUCUCCUCAAGAUCGAACGAACGAAGAACUCUUGAAGCAAACCCGUGAACAUCGAUUUCACGUGUUAUUUACUUUAUCGAAAUUUUAUUUUGGAUCUCGGUGUAUCUACGAUGACACGAAGAUUGGUUCCUUUGGAUAAUGGAACGAUUAGUAAUCCAUUCCGAGUGUCCUUAAUUGUCGGAUAUGAUUCAGCGGACUUCUUCGUGAAAUGAAUAAAUGCAAUUGAGCGUCUCACUUCUGUGACGUCAGAUGUAAUUGUUCUAUCGCGAUGUAAUUAGUUCUCUUUUCCUCUGUAUAUGUAA